AUGUCUGAUUUAAUGCGUUUAAUCCAAGAUCAAGGUAAUGCUUGGGGAAAUAGAUUAACUGAAAUUGUUAACAUGGUCGAGACUUCCAAUAUAUUUAGUCAAGAAGUUCCAAACUCUUUUUAUCUUGUCAAGGCAAAUGUCGAAAUGAUUUCUCAUACCCUUGAAGCGAUGCUUUCAAAGGGUAGUAUUACAAGAGCUGAUCUACACAAUCUGGCUUUGAUUAUUAUUAAUGUUUUCAACAAGGGUGCAAAAACUUCAAAGAUAUGUGAUUUUGCGAUGAAUGCUGCUUCAAAUAUUGAAAAGAUCCAAAAAUCUACAAUAAAAAGUGAGACUAAAACUGAUUGGCAAUCCAAAUUUUUGAUUCCUCGAACCUUUUUAGGUAAGAUCUUAAGACUCCUAAAAAUAUUAAAUAAAUUCCCCCUUUUCAAAAACGACGACCAAUUGAGAGUUGCAAUUGAUGAUACUGAAUCAUUUUUGCAAUAUAUUAUUGCGAAGAACGACAAAUUACAAAAGUUUUACAACAUUGAAGAAAGUAAUGGAUUUGAUGACUCAGGAAUAAACUUUUCUGUUGAAAAUGCUAUAGCUGGAACUUCUUCUCCAAAACACGUACAAGCACGUCCCCUCCCACCAGUACCCGCACCCACACCUUUCCCAUCAACAAGCGGAGAGGUUCCAAAACCACCAAGAACUUUGUAUCGUGACAGAAAGUCCAGUGAUUAUGAAGAUCCUACUGAAGCAAUAGAAGCAGCAAGAAAUAGACAUAAAAAACCAGAGACGGUUUAUGCUAAACUUAAAUUCCCAGAAAGUAAUCAAAGACCAAGAAAAGAACCAAUUUACAUGAAUUUACCAGGUGACACUGGUAGAAAUGAUAACGAAGGUAUUUAUCAUCACGUUGGAAUGCCAGGAACAGAAGAAGAAGUUCAUUACGCGACACUUCAAUUUAAAAACCCGGAAAUUCCAAAAAGAAGUCAGGCUAAAGUUAGAGACCCGAGAGAAGACCUUUAUGCCAAAGUGAACAAAAGAAGAUAA